AUGGAUAAUUCGCGUAUCCGGAAUCGCCGGCCGGCGACCUAUGGCACUGUCAAAGGCCAAGCUCGUUCGCGCACCAACGCGACGACCAACCCACCCCCAACCAAGAUUGCCUCAAAACCGACGUCUGUGCCAAUCCAAUCACGUCGAUCGCGAUCGUCGAACACCAUAUCACAGAGCAAUCAGAAUGAUGACGAGCCCUCCGGAUCUUCCCGCGCGACCUCAUCACCCGUUCUUGCGCAAUCGCAAUCCACAGAGUCCAAUGUGUAUGAUCUUCCAUCAUCGGGCGACGAGCAGCCGACAAUCAGGCGAAAGCGGAGGCGCCAGAAUAGUGAUGCUAACAUGCAAAAUCCCGCAACCAAACGAGUCGCGAAAUCUACGCAGACACCUAACUCGAAGUCGCGCAGGGUGAAUGACAAGGGUGCUGUCGCGCCACCGAAAUCGGAGCAACUUGCGCCUAUCUGCGAAGCCCCAUCAGAUACUACACGCGAUAACAAGCGACAGUCAAUCAUCGGAGGACCGUCACUUUCUAGAGCUGGUAGGCUUGGACGAAGCAAGACGGAGAAACCUGUGCUCGAGCAGGCGCAAGUGGUCUCAGCUCAAGAGACACCCGAAGAACCCUCUGAUGCUAAGCCACAAGACUCACCGAGAACCCAGCAACGUGAUGUGGCUGCAGAGAACAUUACACCGGGCCGCAAGAGGCUAAUUGACUCAUUGGGGUCCAUUAAGCCGACCCUCGAAGCUCCAAAAAGCCCAGUUGCGAGUCAAUCGCUGCCAGUCUCAACUCCACGCAGCCCAGUUUCGCCAAAUCUGCCUGUGGAAGAGGGCCAUCUCGAAUCCCAUGUCCAGGCUUCUCCCACCGCGGGGCCAUCUCAUCUCCGGAGUUCUGGUGUCACUUACGCCCGUCAACGCUCCUUCCUUGAUGACAUGCUCCUUGAAGAGGAUCUUACGGCAUCGGACCUGCCGGGUCAAACCCAUCGUUCUCGGUCUGUUCAACGUCAGUUGGCCAAAGAGACUACCUCCAGUGCCCAAUUGAUUGUGGAGAAUGAAGAUAUGAAUGAUGAUGGAUCGGUGCGGAGCAUCCAUGAGCUUCGACAAGCUGGCGGAAAUGCCCGUUAUCGCGGCGCUGUUGAGUCUAUUUUCGAAGACAUCGAGGACACGCAAAACUCAACGUCGGGUCGUUGUAACGCAUUGCUUCAGUUGUGUGGGAAGCUGUUGGAUAACGGACUGAGACGCCGAUUUGUGGAAUGUAAUUUCGACAAAAGACUAGUCGAUUGCCUCUCCAUGGAUCUUGAAAUGCUUCCUGCGGCUUUGGCGCUUUGCGCGUACGCACUGACGUCGUCUGAUGGACACAUGUCUUUUGUCCUUGCAAAAAGUGCAUGGCCGAAGCUUCUGGAACUAUCACCCAUGUUGUUAAUGACUCGAGAUGCUAUGACAGAGGUUGCAAAAAGCAAGGCCCACGGGCUUGUCCGCCAUUUACAAACUACACUACAGAAAAGCGUGCCGCGGAUUUCUGAUAUACUUUUUCCAGCCCAUUCGGCGGUUAAAUUAUCACCUUGCACUCUGGCAUUGUAUUGCUUGAGAACAACUCUAUCCACAUUGCGAACCAAAAACGAGAGCCCCGGUGGGGUCUCAAGUUCUCUUUUCGACAUUCUGAUGCAAGUGCUUGUUUCCGAGAGUCAAAAGUGCGUCUCACAAAAGGAAAUUCCCGCCGAAAGCUCUCAAAUGCUGUGUAUGGUAUUUUCGAUCCUGGAGGCAUUUACUGCCUCGUCUGAGUCUGCCAAUCAUGACUAUUGCGCUGCCAUGGAACCUCUUUCAACGCUCCAUGAUCUCUUCUAUUUGAAGAGUGACCAUCUGGACGCUACCAGCCAACAAAUACAGCCUCUAUUUAUCCGGGUGAUACUGAAUGUUACGAACAGCAACCCAGCAAUAUGUGAUGAGUUUGCAAAACAAGAGAUAGUCGGAGGCCUAGUCCAUAUGGUCACUACAAACUUUGGUGAUCUGACGGAGGAUAUGCUCGGCCAUGAAAACAACACCCUGGACAGUGUGAUUUUAGCACUUGGUGCUUUAAUCAAUUUAACCGAAAAGAGCGAAAUAUCAAGGUCGGCCAUCCUCCACUCCACAGGCACCAUCCGGCCUUUGCUCGAUCAACUCACACACUUGUUCACAACGUUUGUUGACUCUAUCUCCACGGCCCACUCCGUUGUGGAGGUAUAUCACAAUGUUGCCGUGGGUUAUUUAGCUGUCCUACUACUAACACUCUCCCUGGACAAUGAAGCCCGAUCGAGGAUCAAGAAAUCACUGGCUCCCAAUGGGUUAACAACGGUGAUUUCAACCGUUGAGGAGUUCUUGCAGUACCACCGAAAGAUUGAGCAGGAAGUCCCUCCACUGCCCACCCAGGGGCAACCAGUUAGUGGUUUCAUGGCUAGGUUACAAGAGCUCAUCACCCAGAUGCGACUUGCAGAGUCUUGA